AUAUCUUCUUCGCACCACAACCAAACUUUCUCUCUUCUAAUUAAUCUCGUCUUCUCUUAGCAAGCCAUGAACUGCCUUCGGAGUUGGCCUGAGCCCGUAGUCCGGGUUCAAUCCCUAUCUGAGAGCGGCCUACAGACGAUCCCGGAACGUUAUGUCAAGCCACUCUCUGAUCGCCCCUUGAUGAUCAAUACUUCUCCGCUCACAAUCAUAGAGGAAAAUAUUCCCAUAAUUGAUCUCCAACAUCUUUUCAGCAAUGACUGGGCCAUUCGUGCCAAGACCCUGAGCAGCAUCUCCAGGGCGUGCCAGGAGUGGGGGUUCUUCCAAGUGGUGAACCACGGUGUGAACCCUGAGCUAAUGAGGCGCAUCCGUGAGUUGUGGCGUGAGUUCUUCAAUCAACCGCUUGAAGUGAAGCAGGAGUAUGCAAACGAUCCGAGCACCUAUGAGGGGUAUGGAAGCAGGCUGGGAGUACUCAGCAAUGCAAUUUACAAGAGUGUGGAACACCGUGUGAUUGUGAAUUCAGCUAAAGAUCGUGUGUCCCUGGCUUUCUUCUAUAACCCUAAGAGUGAUCUGCUGAUCGAGCCGGCAAAGCAGCUGGUGACAGAGGAGCGGCCAGCGCUGUAUAUGCCUAUGACUUUUGAUGAGUACAGACUUUACAUCAGGACAAAGGGUCUCAAAGGAAAGGAACAAGUUGAAUCCUUGAAGUCCCCAACUAGUGUACUCAUGGGCAAUGCUUGCAUCUAAUAAAAUAAUUAAUCAUUCAAUAAAAAUAUUUAAUUUCCCAAGUUUUUUUUUUUUUAUUGAAUGUUGGGGACUCGAACCUCACAUCUAUUAAACUUAGCAUGAGAAGUCUUUUAUAAAAAAAAAAAAGUGAUCAUUAGGUUACGAAGACAUUCUCUUAAUUUCCCAAGUAUUAAUUGCAUGAGAGUGUGAAAUUAUUAUAAUAUAUGCAAUAAUUUAUA